AUGUCAAUGAUCUUGUCCUAUGCUACAGCAUUACUUGUCAUUUGUGGCAUCAACAUUCCAACCACCGAUGCCAUUGAACAACCCUCGAUACGUGAAGAGAUGACACGUCUGUUGGGCAAAUGUCAUUUGCAGAGUGAAGAUUUUGAUUUUUGUAUGAAAGAUGUCUUCAAUGAUUUCAGAGCAUAUUUUCCAACAGGCAUACCCGAUUACAACAUUAAACCCUUCGAUCCCCAUCAUGCCUCAUUUGUUGAAUUACGCAGAGGAGAUCAAAAUGGUUUGGGCUUCAAGUUGAUUUUACGCAAUGUCUCCGAAUAUGGUUGGACCCAGUCAGAGGUUACCAAAUUCCAUUCGGAUUUUGAGCAAAAUCGUAUCAUCUAUUCACAAUAUUUCCCCGAAAAGAGUCUAAAUGGCUGGUAUGAAUUUUCGGGUAAAUUGUUUGGUACACCCAUUAAGAGAAGUGGAUUUUGGAAUAUGACCUUAUAUGAUUAUAGUCAAACGACCAGUGUCAGACGUUUGGGCGGACCUGGUACCCUAUUGAAAAUCCACGUAGAAGUUGAUCGCAUUGGUGGCAUGAAAAUGCAUGUGGGUGAUGUUUUGGCUCCGGGGCGUGCACGUCUUGACAAUGUCUCAGAUGGUGUUAUAAAUAGUGCUUGGCCUCUAGGCCUUCCGUUCAUUAAACCAAUGAUCAAUGAAUUGGUUAGCACAGCUUUUACAGAUAUUUUCAAUGAGUCAUUUAGAUAUUUUCCCUUACAUCAUUUCAUUAGUUAA